GUUGGUUCGUUUGCUUUACACUUUCCAUUCCACGCCAUGACGAAAAAUUCACGGAGUAGGAGUAUUGUGGCUGUGACAGGUCGGUCGUCCAACAGCGAAAUUACCUAAUAAUUCGAUCAAUAAAAAAAUAAAGAUCAUUUGGUAUAUAAAUAUUAUUAUCCGAGGUUAUUUUCUUACCCAGGAUGUUGUAGCACUUGGUCAUAAUAAACUUGACAAGACAACGAUUGUGUAUACUUUAUUAUUAUUUUUUAUUUCAAUGUUGUAUCUGUGUCCUGUCUGUGUCUGUGUGUAAGUCCAAGUGUUGGUUAAUUGUGGAUACGAAAUAACGCCAAAGUAACGCGUGCAAAUUGUACUUUAUUAAAAAACAAAAAGAAAAAAUAAUUAAAUAACUUGUCAGUUAUGGAGAUUGAUGAUGAGUGUUCAGCUGGUGGUGAUUCAAACGCUGAGGAAGAAGAAGAUGAAGAGUCUUAUCAUGGAUCAAGAAGUAAUACAUGUACUAGUAGUUCAAGUGGCAGCAGUUCGUCAUCUGAUAACACUGAUGACAGUGCUGAUGAUCAUGACACUACUGGUUCUGAGACACAUAGUUCUGGUGAUGAUGAUGAAGAAGAUGAUGAUGAGGACGAUGAAGAUGAGGAUGACGAUGAUCAAGAUAAUUCUCACCAAAUUCCAGAUGAAAGUGUCGAUGAAGUUAGAUGGGAAACGUGCAUUGCUGCUAGAAGUAAAAUAAAAUUACCUCAAGAUCUUUGUGAGCAUUCGUCUAUUUUUUAUGAAUUGCUAGACUAUCCUAAUAUUUGGCAUGACUGUUUAACUCAAGAGCAACGUGAUUCUCUGACUCGGUAUUUGCCAACUUUUCCUAAAGAUUGUGAUGUAGCGGCUGAGCAAGAAAAAACUUUGAAAAUGUUAUUUCAACGAGAAAUUAACAGGUUUGGAGUAUCACCACUUGACUCAUUUCAUACUCAUCUUUCGUCCGGUCACUUCAGACCAGACAUAAGAAGAAUGAGACGUUUGGUCCGGAAAGCUCAGAAAAGAAGAUUACUAUUUGAAGAACGUAAACGUACAUAUGAGUUGGCAAACCAGUUGUUCAAAUCACGAGAAAAUUUGUUACUUAAUGCCUACAAACAGGGUUUCAGUCAACCGACGUCACACCGAAUGUCAAAAUUGCAUUGGCGUAAACCAACACCAGCUAUUUUGGAAGAAAAAACUCAAAUGCGUUAUUUAGAAGAAUUGAAUGCCGUUAGAACGGAGCUGGGUAUUGCGCGAUUUGCAGAUACGACCUCAGAGAAUGAAGAAAGUUAUCAUCAGUUUCAAACCCCGAAUGCUAAGCAAAAGAAGAAACGAAAGAGUACGGGAAUUCAGGCAACUCAGAUGCGUACUAAUCAUUUAAAUAACGAUGAUGAAGACAUACGGCCAGUUUUUUCCACACUUCAGCGUGAAGAAUUUACACCCAAUCCUUCAUAUCUUGUGCGUGAAAUAAAUGAAGAUUCGUAUCGCAACAUGCUGAUUGCCCAUAAGGGACGAAGAGCGCGGCAAGAUGUUCAUCCAGAGUUAAAUACUCAAGGUAUUGUUCUGUCAGAAUUAACUCAGCGCGCUCAAGUAGGACAGAAACAUAAAUUAACAUUUAGCAAUCCAGUGCGUAUAAAUUCGUCCAAGAAACGGGUUAAAGUUGAACCAACUUUAUGUCCGCCUGUGAUACCUAAUAAAUUAAUUCCAACUAGCUCACCAAUUAAAACUGAGCUUGAUAAUAGCAAUAAUUAUAUGUAUAAUACAACCGAGGGCAAUAAUCACGUGUUUAAUAAAGAGAUUGAGCCGAAAGUAUGUCAAGAAAUAGUGCGUUCAACAAAUUUCAUGCCUGUAAAAAUAGAACCUACGGAUUCGUAUGACAUAAGUCCGUCACCACCUAAGAAAAAAGUAAAUGCUGUCACUCCAAAGUACAUCAAGCCAGCAGUUGUACCUCCGGUAUCCGUAGCAGAGACAUUGCCGCCACUUCCGGAAAUAAAAAAGGAGCUAGAAGAACUGGAUUAUAUGGGAACGGAAAUAAAAUCAGAAUUUAUACUACCGGAUGAUUCCAAUGUUCCAAGUGAAGAAGAAGAAGAUCUUCAUAGUAAGAAAGAACUUGACUUGGAGAAUAUUGAUAUGAUGCAGAUACCAAUACAGCUGGGUGACGGCAUUGAUAUUCUUGAUGAUGUACAGUGCGAAGACAAUCGUAUUAUAGGUUUGCCGGAUAAAAACAUAUCGAUCACUGCUGAGGAAGAUGAUAUUAGAAUAAAUGGUAGUGGUGAUUUAAUGCAAGAAACUCACACGUGUUUCUUUUCGCUUUUGAGAGACGCGUUUGUUUCAAAAGGCGAGUACCGGAUGAACACAAAUGAAGUUAAAGAUGCGGUAACACUGUGGCAAAAUAAUCCAAUAUCUCCAUUGAAUGACUGGUACUCGCUGUCAAACUCUUGGUCAGCGUUAGUUCCAUCAGCUCUGGGCUUUCUCGCUGGUGAAUUAGUUUGCGGUCAAGAACUAGAUCAUGGAAAAGACCAGGAGUUCGUUCCUUACUUAGAGAACAAAGGCCGAGCUAUUUAUGCAUGGAUUGGGGCUGGCAGAGACUCAGAUUCUCGAUUAUCAAUUCUCUGUACUCAAUUUUUACUGUAUAGGAAUGUACUCAGUACUCCUAAAUUACCGUCAAUUGUUGAUACUGCACCAGCUAUCGUUCCUGUAAAAACAGCAACAGUUCCCGCACUGUAUGGCAAUGGCAAUAAUAGCAAUGGCAGUGGAACGAAUAGUGUGCGCAGUGGUAGUCCAGCUGUUGAGUCAAUUGGAGAUCCUGCGGCUCUGGGAACUAUGACGGAAUCAGAACCACCACGUGCACUGUGUCCUACUGACUGGAAAGUCCGUCUGUCAACGCCAGAAGAACGUGAAGAAUUUCAACGUCAGGAGAGACUGCGUUAUGCAUCACCACACAAAGCAUUUACAUACAAAAUGCACGGUUACGAGUCUGUUGUUGGUCCAGUUAAAGGUAUUUAUCAGCAUAAUAUCGGUGCUGGUCUCACUAAACCACGUGGACACUCGUUACUUGUCGCCGAUCGUCCGAAUUUCGUUACUAUUCUUGCCCUAGUUAGAGAUGCGACAGCCCGAUUACCUAAUGGUGAAGGUACUCGCGCUGAUAUCUGUAUGUUACUCAAGGACUCGCAAUACAUAAAAGAAUACAGUCCAGGUGACGGUGAGAAAUGUAAUGAAAAAGACAAUUAUCUUAAUUCGGUGGUGUCUGGUGCACUUGAUCGGCUUCAUUAUGAAACUGAUCCUUGUGUACGUUAUUAUCCACGGCGUAAAGAAUGGCUAUAUUUACAUAGGGCGCGUUCAGAGUCUGAGUUUGAAAUGUAUCAUCAGCAGCUACAAGGAGUGACCAAGACCAAGAAAAAUCCCGGCGGUAAUUCACGUAACAAAGCUGUGCAACCGAGUCACAAAUUAAUGAAUGGUAAAGAACAAUUGCCCAGUGGUAUCAAAGAGUUGACACCGAAGAAAGAGAAAAAGGUUGCAGUACAAACGCAGUUGAUUAUUAAAAAGGAACCACGAGUAAUUCCUGAGGAUAAAAUUAGAAUAGAUCAAUCAGUUUCUACUGAGCUACCUGUUACAAGUACAAUGCCUACGGCAAUUAUUUCAUCAACUGCGUCUUUGGUAACAUCUAGUGUACCUUCAGUUGUAUUUUCUACCCCUGCACCACUUCCGAGUCCGUUAGUUGAACGUGAUACUGUUGCAGCAGUUGAAAUAAAACCACAAAUACCCGCACCGCCAAUUCCUACGGUUAAAAAGAUAAGUUCUAUCAGCUGUAAGCCAGUGACUGUUGUGAAAACCGCAGCUACUCAGAGUUUAUUGCAGUCGAAUCAACAUUUUCCACAUCAUCAAAUUCAAGUAUCGACUUCUGCUGGUGUACAGACUAUCAGGUUAUCGGGUCCUUCGGUACUUCAGUCAGCACAGACUGUGUCGGCUACAACGUCUAGCGCGGGAACGUCGACGCCGAGUGUUACCGCGAUAUUUCCUACGGCUAAAGUUCAAAAUCAAUCUCAGCCGACUGUCUUGACAAAUCAAACGGGUAAAAGUAUUCUCCAAAAUGCCAACAUUAAGCAGCAGCCGCAGCAACAACAGCCCCAACAACAGCACGUGUUGCCGGGUAAAACUUUGCUGGCUUCACAAAUAAAAUUAGUGAGCUCUGGACAAAUAAAAUCGUUAUUGACGGGCCAUGGUCUUCAAGGUCCUACAAUAUUUAUCAAACAAUCAUCACCAUCAGCCACUCACGCGCAGCAAAUACAGCAACUAAAGCAGCAGCAGCAACGGCAAUUAAAUCAACAGCUCCAGCAGCGACUGGUAAUAAGUCAACAGCAGCAGCAACAAAUCCAGCAGCAACAGCAAGUCCAGCAACAACAACAACAGCAGCAGCACGUGCAGUUACAUCAGCAAACUCAACAAUCACAGCAACAGUCGCAGCCUCAACAGGCGACCAUUCAAAGCCCAGGAAUGCAACGAAUAAUAGCCCAAAUUGGCGGUAAACCGAUAGCUGUACAAAUUCAACAGUCACCUCAUCAUCAACAGCAGCAACAAAAAAUUCUUGCCAAAGUAUUGAGUAGCGGAAGUGGACAGCUCAUCUCCGUUGAAAGUUUACUCGCUCAUAAGGGCCUCAAGCUGGCGACGACAACUUCUCCUACGCAAAUAAAUCGUCAGGGUAAACCAGUGAUUCAAACCCAAUACCAGGUGGUGUCGCAAGCGCAAGGAUCUCCAGGACAAACAAAAAUAGUGAUGAGUUCUCAGCAAUCUUCAACACCUGGUGCUCAGACAGUGCGAAUGGUUGCGGCUCAGUUAGCUGGUAAACCGAUUGUCCUUGCGAGUGCUAAUAAAGGAGUCGUCACGGGAUUAACGAGUGGUAACAGUGUCGUGCUCGGGAAACAGCCGCCGCAACAAGCAGGACAACAGCAGCCAAUAAUAUUACCAAGUCACAUGUUGAACUUAAAAGCUCUGCACGGUUUGAAAGUCAUACCGACACCCGCUGGUCUUAAGACUACCGGCACUGCUGUAUAUGCCCGAGUCAUUGCCCCGACGUCUAUCACAGCCACUCAGACGACUGCUCAGCAGCAACAGCAACAGCAUCAGCAGCAGCAACAACAACAACAACAGCAACAACAGCAGCAGCAACAAACAAUUCAGACGACGCAAACGACGAGAAAUCCGUACAGCACACCGUGAUAAAAAAUAAUUUAAAAUUAUUAAAUUUUUGUUUAUAAAUAAUUGUACAUAUACAGUAGACCAGGUGUCCUUUUAAUAUAAGGCUCAGUGAGCUUUAAGAUCAUUUUGCUACCAGUUAAAAUAAUAAAUAUAUAUUAUUGUGGUAAACAAUUAAAUUAAAACCAAAAAUAAUAAACAAUUAAGACAAUUAGUGGGUGUUAUAGAAAUUUUAAAUAUCAAGAUUUAAAGUGUAGAAUAAAAAAAAAUAUUUUUUUUUUUUAAUAUGACAUGAAAAAAUUUAUUUACAAAUGUGUGUGGUACAUUGUGUGAAUAUAAAAUACAUUUUAUCGCUCGGG